AAGUCCCUGGUGGAAAUCCCCAGGGGAGCUGCGGCCGGUACAACUGCGAGGCAGAAAAGGAAACUGCACAGUCUGCAGUGGCACAGCCCGGAGAGCGCGGAGUUGGCGGGGGCGGAGCGGCGGCCGCCGGGACGCAUCCACACCCCCAGCCGGCCGGCCGAGCCAGCGAGCCCGAGCCCGGGCGUCCAUGGGGUGCAGCCCCGGCCCGACCCCCACCCUGAUUCCGAUUUGGAUCCCGACCCGCGUCAGCCGCCCGCGCCGGCCCUGACCCGGACUCUGCGAGAGGAACGCGCGGCCCGGAGAGGCGACGUAGACACCAUGGCCGAACAACUCCUUCCUCAGGCUUUGUAUUUGAGCAAUAUGCGGAAAGCUGUGAAGAUAAGAGAGAGAACUCCAGAAGACAUUUUCAAACCUACGAAUGGGAUCAUUCAUCAUUUUAAAACCAUGCACCGGUACACGCUGGAAAUGUUCAGAACUUGCCAGUUUUGUCCCCCGUUCCGAGAGAUCAUCCACAAAGCUCUCAUCGACAGAAACAUCCAGGCUUCCCUGGAAAGCCAGAAGAAGCUCAACUGGUGUCGUGAAGUCAGGAAGCUCGUGGCACUGAAAACCAAUGGCGAUGGCAACUGCCUCAUGCACGCUGCUUGUCAGUACAUGUGGGGUGUCCAGGACACAGACCUCGUGCUGAGGAAAGCCCUCUUCAGCACGCUUAAGGAGACCGACACACGCAACUUCAAAUUCCGCUGGCAGCUCGAGUCUCUGAAAUCUCAGGAAUUCGUGGAAACGGGGCUCUGCUAUGAUACUCGGAACUGGAAUGACGAAUGGGACAACCUCGUUGGCAUGGCGUCUGCAGACUCCCCGGCAGCCCGCAGUGCGCUCCCAUACAACUCCCUGGAGGAAAUCCACAUAUUCGUCCUCUGCAACAUCCUCAGAAGGCCCAUCAUCAUCAUUGCAGACAAAAUGCUGAGAAGUUUGGAAUCAGGUUCGAAUUUCGCCCCUUUGAAAGUGGGUGGGAUUUACCUGCCCCUCCACUGGCCUGCCCAGGACUGCUACAGAUUCCCCAUCGUCCUUGGCUACGACAGCCACCACUUUGUCCCUCUGGUGACGCUGAAGGACAGUGGGCCUGAAAUCCGAGCUGUGCCGCUUGUUAACAGAGACCGAGGGAGAUUUGAAGACCUAAAAAUUCACUUUUUGACAGAUCUUGAAAAUGAGAUGAAGGAAAAGCUCUUAAAGGAGUACUUGAUGGUGAUAGAAAUUCCAGUCCAGGGCUGGGACCAUGGCACCACUCAUCUGAUUAAUGCUGCAAAGUUGGAUGAAGCUAACUUACCCAAAGAAAUAAAUCUGGUAGAUGACUACUUUGAACUUGUUCAGCAUGAGUACAAGAAAUGGCAAGAAAACAGCGAGCAGGGGAGGAGAGGGGUGCAUUCACAGAACCCCCUGGAGCCCACCACACCCCAGCUCUCCCUCAUGGAUGUAAAAUGUGAAACACCCAACUGUCCAUUUUUCAUGUCCGUGAACACCAAGCCUUUAUGCCACGAGUGCUCGGCGAGGCGCCAAAAGAACCAAAGCAAACUCCCAAAGCUGAACUCCAAGCCCGGCCCCGAGGGCCUCCCUGGCAUGGCGCUUGGGGGGUCUCGGGGAGAGGCCUACAAGCCCUCAGCCUGGUGCCCUGAGGAGCCAGUGGGUGGACCUCACUCGGCCCCACCUACAGCCCCCAGCCUCUUCCUGUUCAGCGAGACCACGGCCAUGAAGUGCAGGAGCCCUGGCUGCCCCUUCACACUGAAUGUGCAGCACAAUGGGUUUUGUGAGCGAUGUCACAAUGCCCGGCAAUUGAAUGCCAGCCAGACUGCAGAUGCCACCAGACAUUUAGAUCCUGGUAAGUGCCAGGCCUGCCUCCAGGACGUCACUAGGACAUUUAAUGGGAUCUGCAGUACUUGCUUCAAAAGGACUACGACAGAGUCUUCCUCCAGCCUCGGCUCCAGUGUCCCUUCUUCCUGUCACCAGAGGUCCAAGUCUGACCCCUCGCAGCUCAUGCAGAGUCUCUCCCCGCAUUCUUGUCACAGAGCUGGAAAUGACGCCCCCUCUGGCUGCCUCUCUCAGGCCGCACGGACUCCAGGGGACAGGACUGGGACAAGCAAGUGCAGGAAAGCUGGCUGCAUGUAUUUUGGGACGCCGGAAAACAAAGGCUUUUGCACUCUGUGUUUCAUCGAGUACAAAGAAAACAAACAUUUUGUUGCUGCCUCAGGGAAAGCCAGCCCCACUGGCUCCAGGUUCCAGAAUGCCGUUCCAUGCCUGGGCAGGGAAUGUGGCACCCUGGGAAGC